AUGUCGCAAGAAGAGUUGCGAAAAACGUUUCAAGACAAACCCGUCGACUUGAGUCAAGCGUCCUUCGACUUUUAUUCGGCCGAUGAAAUCCGACAUUUGAGUGUGAAAGAAGUGACAAAGGGGGCAACUUUUGAUUUAUUAGGAAACCCUGAAGAAAAUGGAUUGUACGAUCCUUCACUUGGUGUCAUUGAAAGAAGAGGUGUAUGUCGCACUUGUGGGUUGAACGAAGACAAUUGCCCAGGCCACUUUGGUCAUUUUGAACUCGAAGAACCUAUGUAUAACCCACUUAUGUUCGACCAAUUGAUUCUUCUUUUAAGGUCAAUUUGUUUGGAGUGUUUCACCUUAAAAGCAUCACAACAAACCCUUUUAGGGGUUGCCAUUGAACUUGCACGACUUGAUAAAAAUGAUAUUGGUGGUGCCUUAGCAAUCAAUGAAUUGGCUGAAGAAGCAAAGAAAGUUCAGAUGAGAGCAAAUGCUUCUCGAGGCAAGUUAAAACAUGAACAAGAGAAUGAAGAAUACGACUACGAAACGGAUGUGAACAUCUCAAAUAAGUUACUCAAGAUUUUUGAGAAUGAAUGCUCAAAACGUAUCAAAAAAGAACCGGGAUACAUCCACACUGAAAUUCAAAAGAGGAACGUUGUGAAAUCGUUUCUGAUGCACAUGGCUAGCUUAUCACAAAAGAAGUGCCCGUGUUGUGGAAAGAUAUCUCCAAAGAUCAAAAAGUCCGACAACAAGUAUUCCAUUUGGUUUUAUGGAGAGACGGCUGGUGUAUCUACCAAGGAAGAUGGUAAAAAGUAUGACACGACCCCAUCCUUUAUUAUGAACAUUUUGAAACAAGCUUGGGAAAAGGAUAAAGUGCAGAAGGAAGUCUUGAGUCGGUUAUGUUACACGCAAAUGCGUGGCGGUGACAAAUUGGAUGUGAUCUUACCGUCGUACCACAUGUUCUUUGUUGAGUGCCUUCCUAUCCCACCUUCACGCUUUAGACCAUUGAAUCGAUUUGGUAACAUGAUCUCUGAUAAUCCACAGACUUCUUAUUACAAGGCGAUUAUUGAAAACAGUCAGAACUUGCACUUGAAACGAGGAAAGAAAGAAAUCACACUAACAGAGAAUAUGUUGAUAGAGAACAUGCAGAAAGGAUAUAACCAACUUAUUCUGAACAAAGACUCGAGUAUGCCUGCUUCUAUCAAAACUACUUUGGAACAUAAAGUCGGUCUUUUCAGAUCAAACAUGAUGGGUAAGAGAGUUAACUAUGCGGCUAGAACCGUCAUCUCACCAGACCCUUUCAUCCCAACGAACACUUUUGGUAUUCCUAUGCCGUUCGCUAUGAGACUUUCUGUCGCAACGCCAGUCAAUGAAAGAAACUUUGAAGAGAUGAAAAAGGCUGUUGUCAAUGGCCCAAUGACUUGGCCCGGCGCUCUAUCUAUAGAAGAUGAAUGGGGUAAAACCUAUUUGUUACCGGACGACUCCGACCCUUAUUCUGUUUCUAAGAGACAAGGUGAAGCUGACCGAUUGCUUGCAGUUGAUCCGACUGCCCCACGAAACUUCAAAACCGUCAGGAGACACGUUAUUGAUGGGGAUAUGAUCUUGACUAAUAGACAGCCAACACUCCACAAGCCUGGAAUUAUGGGUCAUUACGUCAAAGUAUUGAAAGUUGAAAAGACCAUGAGAAUGCAUUACUCGAAUUGUAACACAUUUAAUGCCGAUUUUGAUGGUGAUGAAAUGAAUAUGCACUUGCCACAGAGUAUCAUUGCGAGAAGUGAAAUUCAGAACAUCGCACUGAGUGACGAGCAGUACGUGGUACCAAAGAAUGGACAACCUUUGAGAGGCUUGAUCCAAGACCAUAUCAUCUCAUCGUUUAUGCUCACGAAGAGAAACACGUUCUUUAACAGAGAACAAUUCUGCCAAAUUGUUUCUGAUGCGCUGUAUGGUGUCAAUGAAUCGUAUUCCAUCUCAUUACCAACACCAACUAUUCUGAAGCCAACUAUGCUCUGGACGGGAAAACAAGUUGUUUCUGCUAUUUUACUCCAUGUCGGAACUAACCAGCCACAUAUCAACUUUACUGGUAAAUGCAAGGUGUCGACGAACGAAAUUGGAGAAGGUGGAUAUCAGACGGAAGAACAGAAGAAACUUCGAACACAGAAAGAUGGGUUCAGAGAGAAGUGGGACGGUGCCAAUGACAGUCAGUGCAUCAUUAAAGAGUCUGUUUUGAUCACUGGAACGCUUGAUAAGAAUCAAAUUGGUGCUUCUAAUGGUGGACUGAUUCACUGCAUUUAUGAGUUAUACAAUGCGAAGACUGCGGGACUUUGCUUGUCCAUUUUCUCACGACUUUUGACGAAUUAUUUGCAGCGAGUGGGGCAUACCUGUUCAUUGGAUGACUGUAUGUUGACUCCAGAAUUUGAUGCUAAAAGAACGGAAUUGCUUAACAAAGCCAAUGAAGUGUCUCGUGCUGCCACAGCAAAACACUUUGGAUUGACUGGGAGAAGUAAAUUUGACAUAGAUGUAGCGUUCUCUAAUGCAAGAAGAAGAGUUGAAUCUGCGAAGGAUUUGGACAAUGCCGUCAAGUCUGAAGUGAAUGAUUGCACUUCUUUAGUAAUCAAAGAAUGUAUUCCUAAUGGCCAAUUGAAGGCAUUCCCAUGGAAUUGUCUUGCGCUGAUGACGACCACUGGAGCUAAAGGUUCGAAAGUGAAUCAUUCUCAAAUCACUUGUUUACUUGGACAACAAGAACUUGAAGGCAGAAGAGUACCUAUAAUGGCGACGGGAAAGACUUUGCCGUCAUUCCCAAGAUAUGACGCGUCAGCUAAAGCUGGAGGAUUCAUUGCAGCUCGGUUCUUGACUGGUGUACCUCCACAAGAGUUCUAUUUCCAUUGUAUGGCUGGAAGAGAAGGUUUGAUUGAUACUGCUGUCAAAACAGCCAACUCUGGGUAUUUGCAGCGAUGUAUUAUUAAGAUGAUGGAGUCGUUACAUGUUGAAUAUGAUUAUACAGUAAGAGAAUCCGAUGGGUCAAUUGUCCAGUUCAUGUACGGUGAUGAUGGCAUCGACGUUAUGAAGAGCGCCUUUUUGAAUAACAUUGACUUCUGGGCGAAGAACUAUAAGGCUAUUGUGACGAAGUACGACACUGCUUCUAUUGCUCGAUCUUUCAAGGACGGGUACAAAGAAGCUAUGAAGUUACACAGAGACUGUUCAAAACAUCCCGAAAAACACGACCCAGUCCUCUCUGUGUAUUCACCGGGUAAUAAUUUGGCUGCAUGCAGUGAGAAGUACUACAACUUGGUCAACCAAUAUAUCAAAGAAGAUAAGAACAAAGAUUUCAAGGAAGGUAGACUUGACGAGAAAAAGUUCCGUACGAUGAUGAUGGUGAGGUACAACAAGUGCUUGGUGAACCCGGGAGAGCCAGUUGGGAUUGUUGCUGGUCAGUCCAUUGGAGAGCCGUCAACACAGAUGACGCUGAACACAUUCCAUCUUGCUGGAAGAGGUGAUGUGAACGUCACGCUUGGUAUGCCAAGAAUGAAGGAAUUGGUCAUGUUUGCCAAAAGAAACAUUUCCACGCCAUCUAUGGUCUUGUACUUGAAUGACCCAAAUCAAAAGAACACGGAAGACCUCGCUAAGAAACUUACGAAAGUCACAUUGGAUAACAUUGUUGAAGGCAUCACUUGUAUCGAUUCCAUUGUUACUGAGGGAAGUGUCAGGAAGAGAAAAUACCACGUCAAGCUCCAACUUGUGUCAAAUUAUAAAACCCUUGUUGAAUUUGUAGAGAAGCAAUUAGUCGAAAAGAUCCAAGGUGCCAUCCAUACGGAAAUUGUAAAAAAAUUGAAAAUCAAGGAUGUUAAUGAUGUGACUUACAACGACGCAGGUAAUGAAGAAACUGGUGCAGUUGUUGUUCAAGAAGAAUCGGAUAAGAAGCAUGAAAAGGUCAAGAAAGGACUGAAGGCUACUCGAGAUGAAGACGAGAAGUCUGACGAGUCUUCUGAAGAGUCUGUUGAUAAAAAUAUGUCGGAAGAACCUGAGAAGUCUGAGGAGACUGAUAAGAGUGAGGAGAGCGAAGAUGAGAAGAAGAAGCCAAAGAAGAAGGAGAACAAGACUAAAAUAACAAAAGAAGUGAAGAACUUAGAAGUUGAAAUCACACUUGGUGUGAACGACAAAGUGUCUAUGGUUUCUGUGGUCGAGAAAGUCAUCACUAAAAUUGUCUUAUACGAAUGUCCUAAGAUCAAACGAGGUCUUCCAUUGACCAAAAAGAAAGACGGGAAGACGUUGUAUUACGUCAUGACUGAAGGUGUUAACUUACGGAAGAUGGCAGAGUUUGCGGAGUAUGUCGAUGUUAACACGAUAGAGUCGAAUGACGUCUACGCGGUCUCGCAGACUUAUGGUGUCGAAGCCGCUCGAGCUGUCUUAAUAAACGAGAUAGGAGGUGUCUUUAGAGCGUAUGGUAUUGAAGUUGAUUCGAGACACUUGAAUCUUGUUGGUGAUGCCAUGAUGUUUGAAGGAGAGUAUAAACCAUUGAACAGAAGUGGUAUGGAUAGUAACCCAUCCGUUUUCACAAAAAUCACGUUUGAGACGUCACUCAGUUUCUUGGCCAAAGCUUGUAUGUCUGGGCAAAUUGAUAAUCUCCACAGCCCGUCAAGCACUCUUACCCUUGGAAAGCACACGACUUUCGGUACAGGCUCGUUCGACUUGCUCAACGACUACGUAAUGAAAAGUGAUUGA